CGUGUCAAUAAUAUGGCAGCGUCUUUUUCUGCCUCGAGAAAAGAAUCUUUACCUUCUCCUACCUCCUCCUGCUCUUCUAAAGACAGCAAAGGAGAGAAGGUUGGUGGUACUGGAAAGAGACAGACUACAUUAACGGAGCUGUUUCUUUCUCAUUCGCCAUCAACCAGCUACAAACCGAAAAGACCCAAAGGAGAAACAAAUGAAGAAGUUUCAAGCACUAUUUCGAGCACUAUCUAUGUUUCAAGUGAAGAAGAUGUUUCGGAUUGUUCUCACGUCAGUGAAUCUCCUCCCCCUUCCCCCUCUCUCCCUUCUCCCGUGAAACAGGCACAGACGUGGGGCUGUACCCCACUCAACGAGAUCUGUUUCGGACCCUCUGCCACGCCCAUUCUUCCGCCUCUGAGAGGCUCUGCGUCUCACUGCGUCACUUUUAAAACCGAUGGAUGCGUCCCAAGACUAACCCCGCCUACUCCAACCCCGCCUACUUACAGAGACGUAUGGGACGAUAGUCACGUCAGAAUGCCAACCUCAUCUCAGUGCUUGUAUCCAGUACCUGGCUCAAAACUGGUCAAGAAAUGGGUGCUCAUCACUCAAGCACUAUCAAAACCAAUCAGGAAUUCUUUCGAGCUUGAGGAAGCCAUCUUAACUUAUAAUUCUAGAUUUCGUGGCAAGUGGAAGUUCCAGCUCCUUCAUGCUUAUUUCGCGAGACAUCAAACCAAAGAAGAAACCGAUAGAUUCUUUAGCACCGUCCUUCCUCCAUUGAAGAAGCUGGUGCUAAAUCUCCCACAGAUAAUGACCCACGCUGUUCCUCUCCUCUCCAAAGGUGUGUCCUAUUCUCUCACUAUGUCACAGGAGCAGGUAGCAUGUCUACUGGCUAAUGCUUUAUUCUGUACUUAUCCACGACGUAACUCUAACGCCUCCGACUCGGAAUUCGCUUCAUUUCCAAGCAUCAAUUUCAACAGUCUCCUCUGCUCCAGACCAAUCAAGAAACAGCUCCAUAAACUACAGUGUAUUUUGCAUUAUUUCAAACGAGUACUAUCCUCAAUGCCCUCGGGGGCCGUCACAUUCAGUCGUCAAGUACUCAAAGAGGCCCCAAACUGGGACCAAUCCACAAAACCUUUUACUUCCCUUCACGUGAGCUCCACAGGGACUAUAGAGGAUCAGGGACACGGAAUGUUACAAGUUGAUUUUGCUAACAAGUACAUUGGGGGCGGAGUCCUAGACUACGGGUGCGUCCAAGAGGAAAUAAGGUUUCUAAUAUGUCCGGAGUUAUUGCUUUCUCGUCUUUUCACCGAAGAACUCUCGCCCAACGAGAGUCUAUUAGUUAUUGGGGCCGAGCAGUUCAGCACUUAUCGUGGGUACUCUAAUAGUUUUGAAUGGGGCGGGGAUUAUAAAGACCAGACCCACCUGGACGACUGGGGUCGGAAACAAGUCCGAGUAGUUGCUAUUGAUGCUCUUAUAUUCAAUCGUAAAUGGCAAUGGCGACAAUACGAGAGAACUAGACUCUCCAGGGAACUGACUAAAGCUUAUAGCGGGUUUUCAGGAGAAACCGGCAUGACUCCCUGCGGACGCAUGAUGGGCGUGGCUACAGGUAAUUGGGGGUGUGGUGCUUUCGGCGGCGAUCCUGAGCUAAAAGCAUUGCUGCAGUGGAUGGCCUGUUCAAUAGCUGAUAGAGAUAUGGUGUAUUUUACUUUUGAUAAAGGAGGGGAGCUGCUAUCAAAACUAGUUGACAUUCAUCAACUGAUAAUGAGCAGAAGACUAGUAGUAUCCAAUCUAUGGGAGCUCCUUAAUGAAUACUACACUGAAGUGGUUGAAGAGAGAGAGAAAAUGACACUGUUUCAGUUCUUAACUGGGAAACUGAGCAGCAAGCCCAGCACAAAAUGAAAGAUAUUGUAAUUAUUGUAUUAUACAUUUUAGAUGUGCAUGUUAACCAAAGAAUUAUUUAUUGCCUUCAUUUAGAAUUGCAUAUAUUACUUCUUUCAUUUUAAUUUAGAAUUAUAUU